CACAGUCCUUGCGCAGCUUUCACCAUUCCUCGGAGGAGACGGCCAGUGAGCCAGGCUUGACGACCUCCAUGGAGUGGGAUACGCAGGUGGUGAAGGGGUCCUCGCCGAUCGGCCCCACCGGGCUGAGGGCGGGCGAGCAGCCCACGGGCCCGCGACUGCCGUCGUGGCUGCAGCCCGAGAGGUGCGCGGUGUUCCAGUGCGCUCAGUGCCGGGCUGUGAUUGGCGACUCGUUGCACCUCGUCUGGAAUCUGUCGCAAACCGUCGGGGCCGUGGUCUUUUCCAAAGUCACAGAAAACGUCGUGUUGGAAGACUCUUUUCUGGUGGGCAUCGAGGGUUUGCUCAAGUGCAGCACUUACAACCAGUUAUUCUGCAGUUCCUGUGGGAUUCUCAUUGGUUUCCAUCUGUAUUCCACGCAUACGGCAUUGGCUGCGCUGAGAGGUCAUUUCUGUCUUUACAGUGAUAAAAUGAGUUGCUAUCUCCUUAAAACAAAAGCCAUAGUACGUGCAUCUGAGAUGGAUAUUCAGGGUGAACCUCUACUAGAAAAGAUAACAGAGCUGAAAGAGAUGAUGAUGUUAAUGCAUACUCGCUUAGAUGAAGUAAUGAAGUCUGUGAGGGAAAGGAUGCCUGACCAGACCAAGCCAGAAAACUGACUCAGAACCCAGGCUUCAAUAUAGGCUUCAGGCCUUUCUGGACAGGGUCUAUAGGGCCUCACUAUGUAUAUCGGACU